AAACUUCUGGGGAGCAUUUAUUUAUUUAUCCUUCUGACUGGGUUCCCCGUUGCUUUACGAAAAGGCAAAUACUUUCAAUAAUCUCAUCUCGUGAAUAAAAUCAGGCCUCCACUUUUUUAAUGCAACUAACGUUAUGAUAAACGCGUUAAUUUUCCUUCUCGUUCUGCUAUAAAAAUGCACUGUAAACUUUUUUCCUGGUAUUCAAAUUUUAUGAUUUGAUAAAUUCUAAUCAAUUAUAAUUUCCUAGUUAUAUUUGUUCGGAUGAUUUGUUGCUUGUUUGUUCUAUUCCGAGGGACAGCGGAGAGAGAAUCUGUAGUAGUAUCAUUUUGGCCCAGUAGGCACAACUGGGCAGCAUGGGAUCUCCACAGAACAGUAGGUGGAUGUCCUUUCUAGAAGACAAUUUGUUGGAGGUCGUGGGUCAGCCGGCUAGUUCGUUCUUAUGGCCCAUCAAUGACCACCAAGAUUGCAGUGACAAAGGUAACAGUUUCAGAAAUGAUACAGAGGAUCAAGAAAAGUUGUGUCCUAGAAAGAGCAGGUCACGAGAUGAAUCUUGUAGCAAAUCUGGCAUGAAAGCUUGCCGAGAAAAGAUGAGAAGGGAUAGGUUAAACGACAGGUUCUUGGAGCUAAGUGCUUUAUUGGAACCAGACUGUCCUCCAAAGACAGAUAAAUCUACAAUCUUAUGUGAUGCCAUCUCUGCUGUGAAUCAACUACGGGAUGAGGCCUGCAAGAUGAAAAAAUCAAACGAACAACUUCGGCAAGCUAUUAAAGAAAUGAAGACAGAGAAAAAUGAGAUACGUGAUGAAAAGACAAGAUUGAAAGCAGAAAAGGAAGUCUUAGAACAACAAAUAAAGGCUAUGAUGACAAUGCCUCCAGGGUUCAUGGCACAUCCAGCCGCAAUUCAUGCAUUUGCAGCUCAAUGUCAAGCAGCAAAGAACAAGACUGUCCCAAUUCCUGGUUAUCCCGGACUGGCAAUGUGGCAAUGGAUGCCUCCAGCUGCAGUUGACAUAUCUCAGGAUCAUGUGCUAAGGCCUCCUGUUGCCUAAGCAUGUUCUUAUUUGCAUUGAUAUAAUUGUCUUGCUAUCAUCUGUGACCAUUAUGAUCAUGUGAAAAUCACAAGUAUUGAGGUUUUGGCUGUGGACAAGCUGCUUUGUCUCAUUAGUAGUUUGUCAUUUCUAAUGCCCUGCAAGCCUUCUGCACUGGAGUUUGAACUCCUAGGUGCAUCUCUAAAAGAAAUACCGAGCCAGAGUUUAAUGGAACAAUUCCUGAGCUUACGUUGGCUAUUUAUCUCCAGCCAAGCAAAUUGCUUAUGUUUACUCAAAAGAACUUUGGUUUUGGUGAAUCCAGUAGUUGUUCCAUUACUGUACCAAAUUAAUUUUGUUUUAAUACGUUAUGGUUUGCAUUAUUCA